AUGACCUGCAGAUCAGGAUUCUGCGGCCAGGCCUUCAGCUGCGCCUCCGCCUGCGGGCCCCGGCCCGGCCGCUGCUGCAUCACGGCCGCCCCCUACCGCGGCAUCUCCUGCUACCGCGGCCUCACCGGGGGCUUUGGCAGCCAGAGAGAGAUCCGUGUCCUCCACGCCCACAUCUCAGACACCUCAGUCGUCGUCACGAUGGACAACAGCCGGGACCUGAACAUGGACUGCAUCAUUGCUGAGAUCAAGGCUCAGUACGAUGAUGUUGCCAGCCGCAGCCGUGCUGAGGCUGAGUCCUGGUACCGCAGCAAGUGUGAGGAGAUGAAGGCCACGGUGAUCCGGCACGGGGAGACCCUACGCCGCACCAAGGAGGAGAUCAAUGAGCUAAAAAUGAUCCAGAGGCUGACCGCCGAGGUCGAGAAUGCCAAGUGCCAGAACACCAAGCUGGAGACUGCAGUGACCCAGGCUGAGCAGCAGGGCGAGACGGCCGUCAGCGACGCACGCUGCAAGCUGGCUGAGCUGGAGGCCGCCCUGCAGAAGGCCAAGCAGGACAUGGCCUGCCUGCUCAGGGAGUACCAGGAGGUGAUGAACUCCAAGCUGGGCCUGGACAUCGAGAUCGCCACCUACAGGCGGCUGCUGGAGGGCGAGGAGCAGAGGUAAGGCCCUACCCUGUCUGGCCCUGAGCUUCCAUUUAUGCACCUUGUGCUAAGGCCUACCUUCUCCUGGCUGAGCAAGGGCCACAGUCUGGACAAACCUGUCAUUUAUUACCUUGGGGGAGGGGUCAUUUUUGGAGGUCCUUUCCCUCAGACCCUUCUCCUAGGUUCUUGACCACUUAUGGACUCCUCGCUAAAAAUAUAUGGAGCUCUGUCUGCCACUCUGGUUGAGUCACUAAUAUUGCCUUUUUCUUCUUCCCUCUCAGACUGUGUGAAGGCGUUGGAGCUGUGAAUGUCUGUGAGUAAUGUAGGCCCUUUGUUGAUGGAUUUACUUUCUUCCUGUAAAGGAUGGCGGAAUCUGGAUGGAGGGAUUUCUCUGGGACCUAAAUAAAAUAGAGGGCUGGCAUCUCAGCAAGAUGGGUUUUGGGUCACAAAGCAGGAAAAACCACAGCUUUGGGAUAAGAUGAACCUAGAGUUGUCAAGUAAAGAUGCUAGGGAAGGUGAGUCUUCGGGGAGGCUGGAUGACUCAUGCCCGAAAUUUUGACUCAGGCUUUGGGGUUCACAGGUGUCAGCAGCUCGCGGGGUGGGGUCGUCUGCGGGGACCUCUGCGUGUCCGGCUCCCGGCCAGUGACCGGCAGUGCUUGCAGCGCCCCCUGCAGUGGGAACCUGGCGGUGAGCACUGGAAUGUGCGCGCCCUGCGCACCCUGUGGCCCCUGCAAUUCCAUCACAUCUUGUGGCCUGGGCACCGGAGGUGUGAGCUCCUGCGGCAUCAGUUCCUGUGGCGUGGGCUCCUGCACCAGUAGCUGCCGCAAAUGUUAGACACCCAACUGAAGCCCCAGCCCUGGUGUCUCUCCUGCCCAGCCCAGCCCCGCUUGGUCCAGUCUCCCUGACCCCAGCCCCCAGGCAAAACAAGCACUCCUUGCUUCUGCACUUUGAA